CAUAUUUUUGUAUCAUUGUUUACAAAAUAAAAACCAUUCUAUACAUAAUUACUUGAGAAGAAAUGGCCACCGAUUUCAAGUCCAUCCCCAUAAUCGAUGUUAGUCCUCUGUUGGCCAAGUGUGAUGAUCCAAAAAUGGGUGAAGAUGGAGGUGUUAUUGAAGUUGUUAGGCAAUUAAAUCAAGCUUGUACUCAAGCUGGCUUUUUCUAUGUGAAGGGGCAUGGUAUACCUAUUUCUUUAUUACAAGAAGUAAAGGGAAAAACCCACAAAUUUUUUGAACUUCCAUAUGAAGAAAAAUCAAAGAUCAAGCUCAAUGCAGCAGCUGGUUACAGAGGCUAUCAAAAAGUUCUGGAGAACAUAACUAAAGGUGUACCAGACAUGCAUGAAGCUAUUGAUUGCUAUAGAGAACUUAAACCUGGAGCUUAUGGUGAGGUUGGAAAAAUUUUGGAAGGACAUAAUCAAUGGCCAUUAAAUCCCCCAAAUUACAAGGAAAUGAUGGAAAAAUAUAUCAAUAUGUGCACAGGCAUAGAUCUACUCAUAAAAUCAACUUUCAUUAUUUCUAACCAAAAUUGUUCUAAUCAAUCAGAGAUUUCUUUCUUCUUAUUUUCAGAUCUUUCAAGAAACAUAAUGCGUGGAAUCGCUUUGGCUUUGGGUGGAUCACCGUACGAAUUCGAAGGCGAUAGAGCUGGAGAUCCAUUCUGGGUAGUUCGAAUCCUUGGUUACCCGAAAAAACCAUUCGAAAAUGGUGUAAACGACAUUGGAUGUGGAGCUCACACUGACUAUGGUUUAUUGACACUGCUUAAUCAAGAAGAUGGUAUAAAUGCACUUGAGGUGAGAAACUUAUCUGGGAAAUGGAUAUCGGCCCCGCCUGUUCCCGGAACAUUUGUUUGCAAUAUCGGGGACAUGUUAAAGAUUUACUCGAAUGGCUUGUACGAGUCGACUCUGCAUCGAGUCAUCAACAACUCGGAUAGAUACAGAGUCUCUGUGGCAUAUUUUUAUGAGACCAAUUUCCAUACAGCUGUAGAGCCUUUGGAUAUUUGCAAACAGAGGAAUGGUAAGGUUAACCAAGCUGAUGAGACUAAGAAAGUAAAGAGAGCUGUUUAUGGAGAGCAUUUGGUUGGAAAAGUCCUCACAAAUUUUGUGUUCUAAGAUCAGUUGAAGAAGAAGAUAUUUGAACCUAUUUUGUCUUUCUAAAUCAGUUAAGUAAUCCACCUAGAAUCCCUAAUAAUGAUUAUCAAUGAAUGUACCCAAAUCUGAGUUUCAUGAUCCUAUUGUAAGAUUAGGCAAAGGGCCAUAUAAAUGUACCCAAAUCUAUCCAUAUCUAUAUUUUAAAAUAAAGGCUGAAUAUCUUGGUAGUCCUGAAA